GUUGAGUUAUUUUUAUGAACUAUUUUAUUUUUGUAGCUAGCUAAAGGUUAAUAGUCCGUAAAACCCAAGCCAACCCCUGGAAUUUUGUUGCCUGGGGACUCUGUUGGGGGCUCAGCCUUGUCAACAGCGUUAGCGAACCAUCCACGUAACCUUAAGGUUACUCUUUCUUUCAGUUUGUCUAUUAGCGAUCAGAAAACAUCCAACCCAACCUUGAACACAACACUUCCCGAAUCACGAUUUCCUCUCAUCACACGCUCCUCAAUUCACGACCUUCCUCUCUGAUUCACGAUCACGAUCCAUCUACGACUUUGAAGUAAAGAGUCUGGUCAGAAGGGGACCCUUGGCGCAUUCGGUCACGUACUAAGGUUACUACUACUACAACUACAACACCAAACCGCAAACAUGACGAUCGCAGAGGAGUUCGCGACGAGGAAUUUCAGUAAGUUCCAUCUGCGGGUAUGUGAUGGAAGGAGAGAUUGCUAAUCUAUGCGGUGUAGGUAUUUACGGUCAAUGGUAAGCUACUACCACGAAGCGUGUCCAGUUUCGCGACACCAAGCUCCUCCCGAGAUUCCCGAUGAGAAAGGAUAUUGGGGCUAGAGGAUGAACACAUGUUUGUAUAAUGGACACUAAUAUGUGGGAUAACAGGACUGGUGUACUAUGUAUAUUCCUCUGUUUCGCCCUCGGAAUCUCCCAUCUCUUCCACGUCAGCUUGAUGAUUCUGUUCGGAGCUAUCUGCCUGUACGCCCACUCUUCUCCUCCUUCCCCCAUCUCCCCCCACUAACCCGCCACAGAGCAAGUUCCUUCCUAAUCAUCUUCAUCGAAAUCCCGCUCCUCCUCCGAAUCUGCCCUACCUCCAGUAAAUUCGACACCUUCAUGCGCCGAUUCACAACCAACUAUAUGCGCGCGGGUAUCUACCUCGUGAUGGGUAUCAUCCAAUGGCUGAGCAUCAUCAUCGAGGCCAGCUCUUUGAUUGCAGCUGCGAUUAUGCUUACCCUUGCUGCGGCGUUCUAUGCGCUGGCUGGGGUUAAGGGCCAGGGCUUUGUGGGGAGUAAGACGCUUGGGGGUCAGGGUGUUGCGCAGAUGAUUAUUUAAAAGGCCUUUGGGAGAUGGGGGUGGAAUGGGAAGAGAGGAUGGGGAAGAUGAUAUAUACGUUGAUGAUUGGGGGCCGGGGGGACUUGGGUGAUGGGAAAAACGAAUACUUGCAGGAACAAGAGGGAGGUGGAGGGAGCGGUGGAUGGAUGAGAAAACAAGACAUGAAAUUGUGGAGGAAUUAAAGAAAGAGAUGUGUAGGAUGGAUGGUGAUGGUAUGGGGCGAAGAGGGGGGAGCAUUUCAAUUGGUGUAUGGCGUUAGAGGAGCUUCUAUAUUUUCACGCACGUUGAGCUGAGCUGUACCAGGAUAGCCUCUUUUCCUCUUUCCUUCUAGUUUAUUUCGUGGAAAAAAGCCUGGGUGUGUGAGUUUGAGUAUCGGU